AUGGAGGGUGUCAACGUCUCCGAGCUCGUCGAGCGGCUGGGCAGCGACGAGGACGCAGUGCGCAAAAUGGCCGUUUUCAAGCUCCAAUCGAACAUCGGCGACCCGUCGUUCGCUGACGUGUUCAUAUCGGAAGGCGGGUUGGCGAAGUUGAAGUACCUGGCGUUGACGGCUACAGGGAAUACGCUUGCAUACAGCCUGGCGUCGUUUUCGCGGUUGCUGGAAGUUGAUAAGGGGUGGGAGUGUGUGGAACAAGAUCUCGUUACGAGGAUUGUUGAGCUUAUCGUUACCCAUCCGCUUGUGAAUAUCCUUCGUGGCGCGAUGUCGAUCUUAGUAUCCAUCGUUUCUCAUCCACAUUCGAGCCAGCAUCGCUCGCAAGAACCAGGCGUUUUUGGGUUCCAAGCGCUGAAACCUGCAAUUGCGGUCUACCCACAUUUUCUGGAAAUGCUUGUCAGCAGGCUAUCAUCCGCAGACCAUGCGCUAUGUGCCAAUGCGCUGCAGUUAAUUAAUUCAUUGAUGAGGGACUCGAUCAUCAACGAGAGUGAGGCGGAGUGGCCCAAGUUUAUAAAACGGUUACAGGAUCUAGGUGUCAUUCGAGCGGUGUAUGUGUUGAUGCAAGGCACGGCACUGCAGGACCUGGCUCACCCGCUCCUUGAGUUUCAAUCAUCGACAAAAGUCCUCUUGCGAAAGUGGAAGGAUGUCCCUGUUGAAUUAGAGAAACCGGAGCAUCGGAGGGCGUUAAAAGGGAUUCAUCUGGCUAGCAAAACUGAGAAGGAGAGGGAGAAGGACAAGGACAGGGCAGCAUCGGAGAAAGGGGAUGACACGCAGCGAUCUCGAAGACAUAACCCGGAGAAGUGGAGGCGGCUUGGUUUUGAAUCGGAAAGCCCCCAGUGGGAGUUUGAAGAGAUGGGGUUCCUGGGUAUGAUGGAUUUGACGGACUAUGUGAGGAAGCAUCAGGAUGAAUUCCAGAAAAUGCUUUUGGAGCAAUCUGCGAAACCGCCGCCUCAGCGAUGUCCAAUUGCAAGAGCGUCCCUGGCUAUCACUUCAGUCCUCUAUGAGCAUUUCGAGGUUGAGAAGUCGGAUCUGGACGAUGUGAAGAGUUAUCUUGUACUUGAGUCAAGGUCGAAUUAUGAUAAAUUAUUCAAACCGCUUCUUCUCCACUGGCCUAGAUUACAUGUCGCGGGGGUGCACGCGUUUUUCCGUCUAUGGAAAGCUACCGGCGCUGAACUGGAGGACUUUUCUAAAAUUGUGGAACUGGUUCGAAUCCUUAUCGAAUCUGUCAUCGGCGGCGCCGCGCGGACAAAGGAUGUGCACGAUGUUGAGGAGGAGAUGGCGGAGUUCGAAUACCAACGGCUUAGAGAGUUGCAGAUGGAAUUGCUAGAGCUAACUUACGAAGAUGCAUGGGGUCAACAUCUACUCCAGGUCCGUGAUGAGCUCCAUCACGAAGCGCUACAGUUUGUGAAAGAGCAGCGCAUCAGAUGUUUGUUAGAGGGGGCGUGGUUUCCGACGGAGAACGCUCAUAGUAACGUGGAAAAUGGGGUGAAUAACAAUGGGAAGCAAGAUGCGAAACGUGUAGGGGCUCCGACGACUAUAUAUCGCUAUGUGCAGUUAUCGCAUAAUCGACGGUACCUGCAUUAUGCCGACUUUGUGUCGAUGGGACAGCAGGCGCCUGAUUUAGAGACACUCACGGAUAAAAUUGACCUUAACAUCGUCUCCUCCGUCGUGUCCAAUGUUUCCGCCUCUUCCGACGCGUCCUCCGGCUCUACCAUAAAAACCCUUCCCCACCCAUCCUCUUCCACCAAAAUCAGCAUCCACGGCUACGUCAGUCAACCUCCGGGCUCUUCCUCCAACGACAGUCCCCAAAAGCACCAGCAUCAACGCAGCAACAGCAAGAACACACAAAAGGAAGCCGUCCUUCUAACGCUGCACCCGCAAUCCCAUAGCAUCGCAUCCGAGUGGUUGGAUGGACUACUAAUGCUGCUCAAUCAGCAGCCCAUCACUGCAGAGACGAAUAAAUUGAUUAACCUAGUUAGUAAUUAUGGGCUGAAAAUUCGGCUGUUGAAUAUCAGGUUUGAUGAUGGGACGUUCGUAGGAGAUCCGCCUCAGAUUCCAAGUCGAGACGGGCUGGAUGAGGAUUAUUAUUAUGACAUGUUUGGGGGGAGUUGA